AGCCAUUAAAAUAAUGUGCGUCAUAACUGUAAAAAGUAAGUAUAUAUUAUGAUGUAUUAUUUAGUUGUCGUUAUCAAUUGAAGAUAAUAAUCAUAUUUCUUGAAAUUUUAUAAUGAGCCAAACGUCAUUAACGCUUUUAAAAAAUUUAAUUUAUUCCAGCCUGUAAAUUUUUUCAUGUUGGAAAUAACUCGACUAAAGUAUUUAAAUUUACGUGUGUAAAAUACGUGCUAACAUUCAUCAUCGAUGCCUACUUUAUCAGCUCAAGAGGGCCUCAUAAUAUUUAUCUAAAAAUCACACAAAUAAUAAACAAUCAGUUUAAAAAUUAAAUCAGUUAAAAAAUAAUAACACUCAAAACUUAACUAAAUCUGAUUGCUAUAAAAAAUAUUGUUUUUUAUUGUUUUUACAUUCUAUUAAUAUAAUAUUAUCGUUGCAUGAAAUUACAUGAGUGAAAAAUAAUUAAUAAUCCGUUUUUUACAUUAUUUUAAAUUCAGUGAAUUAAGAAAUCAAGCAUCUUAACCUUAAAAAAAAUGCCAGCAAAUAGUUUAGAAGAUGUUAUGAAAGAUCAAAUUAAAAAGCUGAAUGAUUUAGAAAUGGCAACAAAUUUCAUAAGACACAAAUCUGAAUUGAAUAAUGUUCUAAUAGACCUGAAGCCUUCAAUAGACACUAUAAAAAUAAAUGUUAGUCGUUUUAAAGAAACCUUGGACAAAAUGAAAGAGCAAAAUGAAAUGUGUCAGAUUCUUAUUGAAAAUCUGUCAGCUUACGAAAAAACCAUAACACACAUGCAAGAAAAUAUUCCACCAAGUCUUCAAGAUACGCUCAAGGACCAGAAUGAAACCUGCACAGCAUCACAGAUGAAAAAUAAGAAUAAUAAUAAUAAUAAUAAUUCAUCAGUGGCAGCCCCAAAAUCAAAAUCUAAAUCUCAACCGACUAACCCAGCUGUUAUAAUUGAUCCCACAGAGUAUCUUCCUUAUCAGAAAGACUGUAAAAAAACUUUAUUUAAAGAUAACGAUGAUUGUUAUAAAAUUGAACUUCUUAACGCUAUAGAAUUUUCAAAAAUACCUAAAUACAUGAUUGGCCGACAGACUUUGACAAAUGUUAAUGAUUUCAUUACGUCUAUAAAUCAAAUAAUGAAAUCAAAAUACACCCUAAUGGGACUAGGAAAGAUAGGAGCGCGUAAAAAAGGCGAAUUAGAUUUAUAUCUACAAUUUAAGAAGGAAGAAACUGAUAUUUAUAAUGGAAAAGAGCGUAAAUUUUUCUUUACGGCUGAAGAUUAUCAUCGGGAAACGAAAACGAAGCUUGAUAAAGCAAAAUUAAAUAUGUUAACGGUAUUGAGACACUGUAAGCGAAUUAAAGAACUCAGAAAUGGAAAAAAUGUAUUAUAUGAAGUAAUAUCUUGCCAGUAAAAUUAAUUUUUAGAUCAUUUUUUUUUUUUUUUUUAUAUGUAAUGAAUAAUAAUGAAUUUUGGAUUAUACAAACGAUUAUAAUGUAUAUUUUUUCACCUGUUGGAAUAAAUUUAAAUAUAAACAAUAAGAUUAAAAAAUGUUGAUUUGUUUUUUCACCAGUAUUCAAUUAUUUUUUUUUCGAUUUUUAAAGUCGAAUGACUCUUUUAGAGUCAACAGUCUUAUCUCAGCAAGUAAUCAGUAUUGAUGAAAAAUUAUAAACUCGUAGUUUAUUAUGCUUUUAUGAAAUUUGUGCCGAUCUAACCACUGAUUCAAUCUCCGUAGAUACUAGAUCAAGUGCUAAGAUUCCAUACUUAUUAAUUCAAACAUUUUUUACAAUAAUUACUUAAGGUAU